CAUAUUGAACGUAUAAACGUGGAUAUGUUUAAAAAUUUAGAUAUGAAAUAUUUUUUCUUGCCUCUCUACACAUCUACAUCAUUCGAGGAGUUAAAUGCGGAAGAACUUUUUUUUCAAUCAGUGCAUUCAUAAAAGUCGAUAAAUCCCAUUUACCAGAAAAAUAUUGGACGUUUUGUUUUCUUAGGGCGUGGAAAAGAAGUAUUAUAUAAUUAAUCGUCGCCAAUUCCACAUCGAAGAAUCUUACUCGGCUACUGAGCGGGAGCAUUGUAAUUCUUUGAUUCCAAUAAUCCUCAAGACAUCAGAUACCCAGUCUGAUCAGCGAUCACGCGUCCAGCAGGGAUUAUUAGAAUCGACUGCACCGGCUUCUCUCUGUCUUUUCGUUGUUAGCGCGCGCCGGAGAUACAUCGGAGAGGGAACUCCCUCCGUUCGGAACCGACUAAUGUCGUAGACUGUCGGAAGGAGGUGGAGGCACGCCGAACGGACAUAUGUCUUACAGAAUUUGGUGCAUCAGCCGGGGAACCAUGCCUGUAAAACGGAAACAUCAGAUAUUUAUACUCCUGUGUAUACAUUUUACCACUGUUCAGUCAGACUUUGAGCGCGUGUGUGAUUCACGGACCGAACAGCGAGGACCGGAUUCAAACGGAAUAUGUGGUGCGAUGAUUCCGGAAAUGCUUCAUCUGCUAUGUAAUGGACAAUAUUACGUACCAUCGAAGCGUGACGUAUCGUCACGGUCGCACAAACAUGAUAAAAAUGUUGAUUUUCCACGCUAUUCGCCAUUAGAAGGAUUGAUUCUCGGCAAAAGAGAGGCGUCGAUGUAUCUAACGAGUGAGCACUCUAGAACCAAGCGGAAUGCAUACACAGGCAUUGUAUGUGAAUGCUGUUAUCAUAGCUGCGAUUAUUUCGAACUUUUUCAGUAUUGCGCAGCCCGGAAAAAAAGAGAUACCGAACCCGACUCCAUUUCAGCAAUUUCACCCAGUUCUGGAAUAAUGGUUGACAAAUCAUCAAGAUAAAUGAGAAAACGAACCCGGAUGUAUUAUUUUACCGAUACAUUUAUUUUUAUAAUAGGGCAUUUAAAUCUGUAUGAAAAUGCUGAGAAUCUCCUUUUAUUUUGCUUAUUGUUUUAUUUGAGUGAUUUACAGUAAAUGUUUAGGGUCUACUGUCCGAGUGAACAUGAUCUACAAGGAUUCGUCGAGGAAGGAAAUUGUACGGGCGCGAUGGAUAACAGUGUUGUUAUCAAUCUCAUCAAUGUCCAUUUUCGCUUUAUGUAACGGUCAGCGUUUCUGUACUUUGUGCCUUAUGUAUGACGUCAUGAGAGAUAAAAAGAAGGUCCCAUUCCAAUUUCUAUUUAGAUUUGUCGAUUCCAUGCUAAGCGCUGUGUCAGUGAGUUAUCAAAUUUUAUCGAAUUUAGAUAUUUCUAUUAAAACACUGAGUUCUGUAAACUUCUAAAUUCUAUCUUAGAAAAUAUGAAAUUCUAAAUAGAAAUGGGUGAAAAUGUCUCUCAUUGUCACAAACAGUAUAUAUCUGGUGAAUAAAGCUGGUGUCAACUGCG